UAUCGAACAUACAGAACUCACACGCAACCAAGCAUUAACAAAAAGCAAGUGAAAACUUGGAAGAACGGGUUGGACUUUUCCCCGCCCUCGGUGUCACUCGAGGGUUGUGAGCAGCACGCCGUAUCCUUGCGGAACCCAAAGAAGACUCCGGGGAGAGACAGGAGAGACUUCAGAUCUAUAAGGUAAAUGUUGAAGACACCGUUGAAAUGUUACCAAAAUCGAGAAGAGCACUUACCAUUCAAGAGAUUGCGGCAUUAGCCAGAUCUUCAUUACAUGGCAUUUCCCAGGCGAUGAAGGACCAUGUGACACGGCCCACAGGCAUGGCCCAGGGCAGGGUGGCCCACCUGAUAGAGUGGAAGGGCUGGUGUAAGCCCACUGACACCCCCGCAGCUCUGGAGUCUGACUUCAACAACUACUCUGACCUCACCGAGGGAGAACAGGAGGCCCGCUUCGCUGCAGGUGUGGCGGAGCAGUUUGCCAUAGCGGAGGCUAAGCUGAGAGCCUGGUCGUCUGUGGAUGGAGAUGACUCUAAUGACGACUCGUAUGAUGAGGACUUCAUUCCCGCCAACGAGCCCACAACACAAAGCACGGAGGUGCCCCCCUACCUGAGGGACCUUCUUCACAGUCAGGUGUGUCAGCACCUGGGUCUGCGGGGGCCGUGCUGCGAGGGAGCAGGUAGAGGAGACAGGCCCUCACCCACUUCCACAGACACCAUCUGCUCCAGCCUCUGCAGCCUGGACGAGCAACACCCCUUACUGCGAGAUCUCACCCAUCACUGCGGCAACAACUAUGGUAACGCCGCCGAGCUGGCUGCCAAGAUCCUCUCGGCCCUGCAAGGGGGAGAGGAGCUGCUGUUGGCCCGUCUCCAGAGGGUGGAGCAGGGGGUUAGAGGGGGAGGGGACUUCAACAGCCUGGGGGGUGGGAGGGGCCGGCCAGGGGGGGAGGAAUCACCCUGCUACUCUGUGACCUACUCCGAGACCUAUCUGUCACCCGGGGAGGACGACGAUACGCCCUGCAAAGACUACGAGGGCACCGUGUGCCAGGGAGAAGGAGAUGGCGAGGUGUACCCACCUGACUAUGCCACCCACAGGAAGGUCUCAGACGUAGCCUCCUCCGGGGUGGUGUCUCUGGACGAGGAUGAAGAGGAGGAAAAGGAGGAGGAGGGGAGGGAGAGAGAGCAGGGAAAUCAAUGUCAUUGAUUUUUGUUUCAUCCAUUGUUUCUCUGUCCAUCUCUCCGUCCCUCACAUGGCCUCUGAUAUGUUAAGCCUGUCCAUCUCUCCGUCCCUCACAUGGCCUCUGAUAUGUUAAGCCUGUCCAUCUCUCCGUCCCUCACAUGGCCUCUGAUAUGUUAAGCCUGUCCAUCUCUCCGUCCCUCACAUGGCCUCUGAUAUGUUAAGCCUGUCCAUCUCUCCGUCCCUCACAUGGCCUCUGAUAUGUUAAGCCUGUCCAUCUCUCCGUCCCUCACAUGGCCUCUGAUAUGUUAAGCCUGUCCAUCUCUCCGUCCCUCACAUGGCCUCUGACAUGUUUAAACCUGUCUGCAUGUUUUUUUUCCAUGACUUGAACUCUUACUGCUGUGUAACCCCUCUGUCCUGGCCUUAUGGCAUCAUGUCGAUCCCCUACCCGCCUGCCCCCUGACCAUUUGAUAUGUAUCAAUAUAUUUUUGUCUUGAGGCGUCCAAACAAUCUUUUCUAUCAAUGUGAAGCAGGACAGCUGGACUGGCUGUCACAGCCUUCAAUAAGAAGCCCAACAAUUGGUCUGUGGUUUCAGUAAGAAGCCCAUGGAUUGGCCAGUGGGGUUCAGUGCUCCACCCACAUACCACAAGAAAGCGAGAGACUGCUAAAAACUAAAAAAGACAGAAAAAGACUGAAUCUUAAAACUAUGAAAUAUCUUUGCAUGUGUUUGCAAGUGCUGAACUGAACUUGUGUGCUGACCUGGUCUUGAGCACGUCGGUUUGCAGUUUGGGCUGUUCUGUAUAACCCCACCCUUCCCCCGUCACCACCCAGAUACAAUGUAUCCCAUUGGUGGACAGGUUCCACUGCAUCCUGAAACCUGAAACCCCUCCUCUCUUUUGCAAGAGAUGUAAGCCGUGUUCCUCUGCCCAGGCGUUGCUGACGCGUGUCAGAUCUUCCUAAAUCUGGAUAGUUAUUUUACGUAUCAGCUAACCACAUCAUAUGCUACACCAAUCUGGUGUCUGACGGCAUAGUCGAUGAUGUGGCACACAACCAUUGGAUGAUGCAUGCAACGUCUGAACAGGGGAGCACGACCCCUAGCAUCCUUCUGGGCAUGGCUUGCUGAGUAUGCCAAACUACCGUAUGUAACCUGUCACCAACAGUUAUGAGCAAAUGCUGGAAUGUCUUAAAAGUGACAGGAAAUAUGUAUUUGAUAUGCUUUUAUUGUACUAGUUUUCUAUCAUUCAACAUGUUGUUGUUAUUAUAAUUAUUCUGAAUAUCAUUAUGACUAACUGUCAUAAUGACAUACUAUAGCUACCGGAUUCUGUUUUUGGUUCUAUGGUUUCCUAUAUGGAAGGCCACUGGUCUAGGCCUUCAAAGACAAAAACACAAAUAGAAUGUUCCAGAAGUGACCAUUUGGUGAAAGAGAUGUUGUUUGGUGGAGAAAUUGUUGUUCAAAUACAGAAAGCUAGUUUUCAGUGAGGUGUUGAGUUGCAUUGGAGAUUUUCUAUAUUUUUGUAUGCAUUGUUUUUGCUUUAAUCUUUGCCUAUGCGGCGUGCCAGUGUAUGUGUUUUUUGCACGAAGCUAACGUGGCUGUAGAUUUCUCCUUUCUUUGUUAUCACUGUGUGAUAUAGUAUACUGGGAAAAAAAUACAAAUGUGAACAAAAACUGUUUUAUUUUACUUGGAAAGGGGAUACUGUGUUACAGUUUGUUAUUGACAUGAUCCUCAAUGGAAAUGUUUUCUUGUCUUUGUAAUUAUAUCGGACUUCUUUCUUUCCUGUCAUAGCUGCUCCUAAAGCAAAAUUCCACAUUUAUUUCCAUUCUUUUUCAGACGAUGUCAGGAAAAGGGCAUUUUUUGUAAAUAAAUCUAAAUCAUUCCAUUGCCAUGGUGAUCUGAGGAACCUUAAAUUGGUUCGAUCAGAGUGACUGUCACUCAUACAACUCAGGAAGUCCCACUGGUUCAGAGCGCCAGUAUAUCCCAGCCCUACACAACAAGCCACUGCUCACUCAUCCUCUAUCUCAGCGAACUACUGUGUGUGUGUGUGUGCGUGUAAGGAAAUGUAUUCCCGAUUAAAGCACAGAAUUAGUGCUCACCUCACCUCUUCAGCUCUCACUGAUUGUUCAGGAAAGCCUCUGUAUGUGUGUGUGUGUGUGUGUGUGCGCGUGUAAGGAAAUGUAUUCCCGAUUAAAGCACAGAAUUAGUGCUCACCUCACCUCUUCAGCUCUCACUGAUUGUUCAGGAAAGCCUCUGUAUGUGUGUGUGUGUGUGUGUGUGUGUGUGUGUGUGUGUGUGUGUGUGGUAAAAUAAUACACAGUCAUCAAGCUUGCAUUUGUGUGUCUGCUCCAAAAACCCCUAAUGCAGCGAUUCCCUUUAAACAGUGUUUUCGUGUAGCAGUGUUCUGACUGGAGGUAAAAGGCUCGGCCUACAUGGAGCUUUUGGAAAGGACAUCAGACCAAUUACCGAUCUCGCUUUUUGGAAACUAAAACUGUUUUUUGUUGUUGACUUUCUGCCAUUAGGACAGAGAGAUGUUUAAAAGUAGAGGAGGCGUCUUACAUUUUAGCACCAUGAUUUGAAACAAAACAAACUGAAUUAUUUGAUAAUGACACCUCUAACAACUAGUGGACUGAACGAGUCUGAGACACAAAUUAAACUCAGGGGGAACCAUUACGCCUGUGCAUUAAUUUAUAACCUUUGACCUCCUGUGUUCUGAUUGGCCAUACGGUCAGGUCAGUUCCAUUCAUUCUGUCCAAUGACAAACGUUAACCCACCACUGAGCCAGAGCUAUAGAUCCACUUGACAUCCACAACAUGCUGACAUUUACAUUAUGGUUCUACACAGAACAAUUCACAGUAUGUAGAAAGACACUACAGCAGCUAGGUGGUUUUUCUAGAAUGCGUCUGGUAAUGCUGUCUAUUCUAAUGCAGUGUUCUGUGCAUCCAUUUAUCAUGGUCGACGAGAUUGUUUGGAGUACGAGUUUCUCAGCAACUCAAUUAACUUAAUGGAACAGUGAGCAGAGCACUGUUUGUCUACCUGCCUCAAUUACAGCUGUACAAAGUUGCUCGUAUGGUAGUGGGCCUCCUCUUUGACAAGGUCAAGGGUUAAAAGUUAAACUAGACUUGUGGAAGGUUAGAUCCUGGUGUUUAGAGGAUUGGAGGGUUUGAGUAUUAUCUCGUUGAAGGGACACUGCGUCACUGUCCUUUCACUGACAUUACAGAGAGGGGAUGUUUGCGGCCCGACAAGGUUGUGAUUUUGUCCUGAUGCAGUGACGUGUGUUGCAUUGUUUACUGUCCCCCAAGUCUGGCUGCAUGGCGCACUCACUGAAAGUGCCCCCCUGGUGGUGUGUGACGGGCACCUUGGUUCCGGGCAUCUCGUUCACACACAGCUGUCACACAUACUCUCCCUCUCUGUCUCAGUCUGUCUCAUUUCUCAUCCCCUUCUCCUUUCUGUCUCUGUCCCUUUGUCUCCUGCAUCUCCUGUCUCCUACUUUCACCAUUUCAGUCUGUUUCCCUCUCUUUCUAUCUCUCCUUCCUUCCUUCCUUCCUUCCUUCCUUCCUUCCUUCCUUCCUUCCUUCCUUCCUUCCUUCCUUCCUUCCUUCCUUCCUUCCUUCCUUCCUUCCUCCCCUGUCCUUAUCCACAGGAGCCAUUUCUUAUGUAACUGGGGGACAGCAGGGCUGAGUGCUACCUUUGUCGACAGGCAAUUAGCCAGCGAUGAUGAAAAACAACUGAUGGACACGUAGAGCAAUAGGAGAUGUCUCCUUUAUUUUAUCCUCUCCUGCCAUGUGUCUCUAUCUUUGCUGUCUCUCCUUCCCCCUCUGACCUAAUUUGAGUAUUUUGAGGUUAACUGCCCCAAAAAGCUGCUAGUGGUUGCUAUAAGAGGCGGGUGAUGUAAUGGGGUGGCGCCACUGUCCUGUGACUGGAUCAAUGUCCUAUGAUUUAUACUGCGCCAACCAAUGGAAAUUAGUUUCUCUAUCCUAGUGCGGACAAGAUGGAUUUGAAAUCGAGGCAUGUCCUGUGUGUGUUUGUAGAGAGAGAGAGAGGCCACAUGUUCUAUGUGUGGCCUGUUGCUCCAGGCCAGCACUGACAUUGGGCACUUAUCACAGCAAGAGUGUCUCACUACCGCUCCAGAUUCUCUGUGUGUGGUUGUGCGUGUGUGUGACGUUCUGUGUGUGUGUGUGUAAUAGAAACAGCCGGGAAAGGGGCGUUAGAAAAAAAGACAUCAAAACCUCUGACAGACGGUGGCAGUGGAGAGUGGGAGGAGUGGAUAUGCACUGUAGAAUAUGGAUAUUCAACCUGCAGUGGUCCCAUCGCCCGAGCCUAGCUUCCUCUUGGAGCUUGAGAGAGUCACUGCCUCAGCACCCCACACCCAUAAGGUGAACAUCUAGACACUACAGGUUUUCUGUUGAACGUCUAGACACUACAGGCUUUCUGUUGAACAUCUAGACACUACAGGCUUUCUGUUGAACAUCUAGACACUACAGGCUUUCUGUUGAACAUCUAGACACUACAGGCUUUCUGUUGAACAUCUAGACACUACAGGCUUUCUGUUGAACAUCUAGACACUACAGGCUUUCUGUUGAACAUCUAGACACUACAGGCCCUGCAUACAGAACUAGGAGGCAACAGCAGACUGCUGUAAACUGUCUCAUUGGAGAGCUAUAGUGUAAUCUUCACAGAUUAGAGAGUAAAGCUGGGAGAGGAGAAUUGGGCUGUGUUUAACCCACAUUAGCCUCUACCGCCACAGCAGUGCUUAAUUAAAACUACCCACAAUUCCCUAUGUGCUGGGCGGUGAGGUGACACCAAGGUAAUGUCGUGGAUCUGGUGCACACACAAACACACAUCUAAACACACACACAUGCAUCUAAAAACACACAUACACAGACACACAUGUAUACACACUUGUAUACACACAGACUCUGCUGUAAUUCCCUUGUCUGAAUGCAACAACUUUAUAUGUGAAAAGAUGCAAUAUACCAAGAGCACUCAGUCUCCCACUGUUCGCCAGAAGCAAGAUAACCAUGAAUCAAAGCCUACAACUAUAAGAACCAGAGUACCAUGUCACUUCAUCCUGUUGCCCCUCUUACUGGUAUCUGUGAAUCUUCCUCACACACACACACACACACACACACACACACACACACACACACACACACACACACACACACACACACACACACACACACACACACACACACACACACACACACACACACACACACACACACACACACACCUCUAAUCCCUCAGAGAUCUUUUAUCAACAUUCUCUCAUUUCUUUUGGUUAAUUUCCUCUCAUUCUUUUGGUUGAAUGUACUACUUUGAAUAUUGCCACUUGAUUUAAAAAAUGAACUGGACUGGCUUUUGUUUGCUGCACCUGGCAUAAUUUGAAGUUCUUAAUAAAUUAUCCUUAAUGUU